CUCUCUCACGUCAAUCAAGGCUUCUCGCGCGUCUGAUUGGUUGUCGCCCUCGGCGUGUUUCUCUGAAGACGGUCCUCGUUGUCUUCGCGGAGGAGGAGGUUUUGUUUUCUCGGGAAAAACAGCGGAUUUGGUCAGAAGUGCAGAGAUGAUUGAAGUGGUGUGUAACGACCGACUGGGCAAGAAAGUCCGGGUCAAGUGCAACUCUGAGGACACUAUCGGAGAUCUGAAGAAGCUGAUUGCUGCUCAGACCGGCACUCGAUGGGACAAAAUUGUCCUCAAGAAAUGGUACACCAUAUUCAAGGAUCAUGUAACACUGGGAGACUAUGAGAUCCAUGAUGGGAUGAAUCUUGAGCUUUAUUACCAGUAGAGGGCAGAACUGAGAGAAAUCAUGCACCCCAGACCCUGACCCCCCCACCCCCCCCGCCCCCCUUAAGUCUGUACACAACUGAUCCCAUUCACAGAAACAUUGUCAACCACAUAUUACCAGAAAAAUGGGUAUUGUCUAUUAGAUAGAUCAUCGCUAAAGCCAGGAAAUAUUUGUUCAGUUGAAUUUUUUUGAUAUUUGGAAAUAAAAGAUAUUUAUAUACAUUAA